ACGGCCGCAUGAGGAGUGGCGGAACCAUGGCCCGGCGAGCGGGACGGGGACAGGGACAGAAACCGGCCCGGGGACCGCGACAAAAGCCGGGAUCGGGGCCGAAACAGGGACAGAGACCGGGAUCGGGACCGAAACAGGGACAGAGACCGGGAUUGGGACCGAAACAGGGACAGAGACCGGGAUCGGGACCGAAACAGGGUCGGGGACCGGGACCGGGACAGAAAGCGAGACCGGGGCCGGGACAUGGACCGGCUGUCCCGCUGCGCAGCAGGAAGGAGAAGAAGGACAACAUGAAGCCCAAACGCCCUGACGAGCAGGAGAUCCCGUUCCGCCUGCGGGAGCUGAUGCGGAGCCGCGAGGCCCUGAAGCGCCCACAUCCUGGGAGGAGGCAGGUGGCAGAGAAGAAGCAGCAGCAAGAAUCCAAAGGCCCCAAGGCCUCGGGGGACAUCCCUGUGCCCAAGUUCCGGAGGGGCAAGGGGGAGUCGGAGCGUUCCUACAUCUGCCGCAUGGAGCAGGAGGUGCAGCGCCUCCUCUUCCUCACGGAGAACCAGCUCCAGCGGGAGCCUGAGAAGGAGGCGGUGGCUCCAGAGAAGUCCAAAAGGAAAAAAGAGUUUCAGAAAAGGAAGCUGGAAAAAGCACGGAAGAAGAAGGAGGAGAAGAAGGAGGACAUGCUGGAGAAGAGCCUGUUCCAAGACACUGUGCCAUUCGGAGAGGUGGUGACACAGCCUCCCACCAUCACCUCACGGCCCAGGGGACGGGGUCCUGCCGAGCAGGCUGGACGGAAGCAGCUCCUCCUGACGCCUCGCCUGGCGAUGGCUCGCCAGCGCAUCCUGCAGGAGGAGCGGGUGCGCGUCAUCCGGGCCUACAGGGACAUCCAGAGGCGCAAACAGCUGCAGCGGGAGCGCGCCCGGGCCGGUCCUGGCUGAGGACUUGGGGCUCGAGAGGGACAUUGCCCCGAUGCUCUUGUGUCACUGCUGAGCCCUGGGGCUUCCCACAGCUCCUCGCUCCACGGCUCAGCGCUGGACUGGGGUCCCUGCGGUGCCGCGGAGUAAAAAGUGCCAGUGGGA